AUGACCGACGCGGUGCUGGGCGGCUCCUCUGACCGGUGGAUGUGCCCCAGUGACAGGACCAUGUCCCUCCGAGCCAGCAGUGAGAAGGAGCAGCUCCCGGCGGGAUGGGCAGCGCAGCCCGAGCGGCAGCGCAAGGGCGAGGAGCUGACGGAUGAGGAGAAGGAAAUCAUCAACCGGGUGAUCGCCCGCGCCGAGAAGAUGGAGGAGAUGGAGCAGGAGCGCAUCGGGCGCCUGAUGACCCGGCUGGAGGACAUGCGCCGCAGCGUGCUGGGGGACGGUGUCAACCGCUGCAUCCUCUGCGGGGAGCAGCUGGGGACGAGGGGCUCCGCCUGUGUCGUCUGCGAGGACUGCAAGAAGAAUGUGUGCACCAAGUGCGGGGUGCAGACCACCAACAAUCGGCCCCAGGCCAUCUGGCUCUGCAAGAUCUGCAGCGAGCAGCGGGAGGUGUGGAAACGCUCCGGUGCCUGGUUCUUCAAGGGUUUGCCCAAGCAGAUGCUGCCGCAGCCGAUGCCCAUCAGCAAGAAGGGACCCCAAACCCCGAGCGAGCCCCGCCCGGCCGAGCCGCCCGCCCCGGACCCCAAACUCCCCUCCCGGGCACCCACCCGAGGCCAGGUGGAUGCCGAGGACACCGAGGGCACCGACGCCGCAGCGGCCGCCCGGGGAAGCCGCAAAGCAGCCGAGGGCCGGCCGGGUCCGUGCGGCAGCGAGGACACCGCUGGGGACAGCGACAGCCGCGACCUGGCUGCCGAGAGCGGGGUCAGCAGGAGCCCCGGUGUGAAGAGAACCGGCUCGGUGCAGGGCCAGCGGCCACCCCCGCCGGCCAGCGCCGCUCCCGCCGCUGGACCCGGCCCGGCAGCAGCGCCCGCAGCGCCGGCGGCCGCAGCGGCGAGGCCGGGGGGCCCCUCCCGCUUCCCGGAGAGACAAGCGAGCCCCCCCCUGGGACCCCCGGAGCCCCGAGGAGCCGGCAGGGAGGAGAGGGGAGGGGGCUUUGCCGCGCCCCCCGGCAGGGAGGACAGGCCAGCCUGGCAGCCCCCUGCUGCCAGCCAGCCCCCGCCGGCAGCCGCGGCACCGCAGCGGCAGCAGCAACGCGAGGAGGAGGAGGAGGAUGCCAACAGCUACGAUUCGGAUGAAGGCACCACGCUGGGAGCUCUGGAGUUCAGCCUGCUCUACGACCAGGACAACAGCUCCCUGCACUGCACCCUCAUCAAGGCCAAGGGCUUAAAACCAAUGGAUUCCAAUGGCCUGGCUGAUCCCUACGUGAAGCUGCACCUCCUGCCUGGAGCCAGCAAGUCGAAUAAGCUGCGGACGAAGACGCUGCGCAACACCCGGAACCCGGUGUGGAACGAGACCCUGGUGUACCACGGCAUCACCGACGAGGACAUGCAGAGGAAAACCCUCAGGAUCUCCGUGUGUGACGAGGACAAAUUCGGCCACAACGAGUUCAUCGGAGAAACCAGAGUUGCCUUGAAAAAACUCAAAGCCAACCAGAAGAAGAACUUCAACAUCUGCUUGGAGAGAGUAAUACCAACGAAGCGCACCGGAACGACCGGCGCAUCCCGUGGGAUGGCUCUGUACGAAGAGGAGGUGGAUCGCGGUGGGGACGUGGAGGAGCGCGGGAAGAUCCUGGUGUCCCUCAUGUACAGCACCCAGCAGGGCGGGCUCAUCGUGGGCAUCGUGCGCUGCGUGCACCUGGCGGCCAUGGACGCCAACGGAUACUCGGAUCCCUUCGUCAAGCUUUGGCUGAAACCUGACAUGGGCAAAAAGGCCAAGCACAAGACGCAGAUUAAGAAGAAAACGUUGAAUCCUGAGUUUAACGAGGAGUUCUUCUAUGACAUCAAACACAGCGACCUGGCCAAGAAAUCCCUGGACAUUUCCGUCUGGGAUUACGACAUCGGAAAAUCCAAUGACUACAUCGGAGGUUGCCAGCUGGGGAUCACGGCCAAGGGCGAGCGCUUGAAACACUGGUACGAGUGUUUGAAGAACAAGGACAAGAAGAUCGAGCGCUGGCACACCCUGCAGAACGAGAACCACGUCGCCAGCGAUUAAAGGGAGCCCCUGCCCGGCUCUCCCCACCCUCUGCCACGCCCCUCUAGGUCCCUGAUGUCCCUGGUGUCCUGUCUUCCAGCGCAGCCACGCCUUGCUACAGCCUCUGAUCCCAGGGUCCUCCACCUCCCCCAAGCCCCCUCCACCCUCCCUUCCACUGAAAACUCCCCCAGAUCUUUUCUAUUCCCCUUUAUUUAUUUUCAGCUGGGGGAGGGAG